AACUCGGUUUUCUUUUCUUAGCUUAUUAUGUAUUGAGUUAAUGUUCAAAAAACCAACAUUAAAUAUAAGCCUAGAGAUUUUUUGAAUUAAUACAUGCAAUUUUAAAUUCUAAAUACUACUUACUUUCUUUUUAGUUUAAUAUACAAGCUAAAUUUAUAAUUAUAAGUGACAAAAUUGUAAACAUCUCAUAGGAUUUAUGACAGAGGCACAAUUGAUUUUCUCUCGCUAUUUUAUUUUAUCAAUAUAUUUCAAAAACAACUGGUUUUAGCGGUUUUUUUUUUGACAUGGCCAUGGGCCAGAGAUCUGACCCGGCCGAACAACCAGAACCCGAAACACCCCCAUAACCCGACCCCUUGGUGCCCGACCCUAAUAGAACCUAAGUUCAUCUUCUUCGAUUGCACUCUGUCCGCGCUUGCCGUUGUCGCCGGAAGUUCUAUCAACAGGCGAAAGACUUGAUGCAUGGAUCUGAAGCCUGAAGCCUUCUUCCUCGAUGUUGUCCUCAGUCCGAAUCUGCAAUAUUUCCUUCUGGGUUCUUCCGUUGCCGCACUUCGCCACUAACGCCGGAUGUUUGAAGCGCCUGGUGUUGGAUCCGCCCUGAAGCUCCUGCAGCAGCGUUCGGAUUCUCGGCCUUGUUGCUCCUUUGCCCCCAAGCCUGUCGCGAAGCAUUAAGUCCCUCGGCGCCCCCACCUCGUUCCAUUCUCCAAUUUUCGAAAGCGUGAUUGCGGGUGUCUUCGGUAGGCCGAUGCAACUCUAUGGGUCGUGACUGCUCUCCCCCUUCAGCUUGUUGCCUGUCACGGGUUUUCAUUUCCACCCUCCCAGGUCAUCUGAUUGGAAUCCUUACUGGUUGGUUGAAACUGAAACCUCGUUGACUUGAUUUGGCGUCCAUUGAUCAUGCUGAAGUAUUGCAAAACCUGCUUCUAUUCUGAUUGUAUUCCUGACUUGAUUAGGAGGAUCAAACGUCCACUGUCUCCUUAGUCCAUUCACCGCUGCCAUCCCUGCCAGUUGGUGAGCUAAUUUGUUGCCUUCUCUUGAAGUCCAGGUAACUCCCACGUCCGGAGCCUCGUCCAGCAUUUGGAGAAUGUCCAGCAUUUGGAGAAUGUCUCUGAUGAUUGCAUCCACUUCUGCUAUUGGCAUUCUAGUCUUAAUAGCUUGAACCAGAGAUAAGCGUCUGUUUCAAUUAUGCAAUUCACUAUUUGUAGAUUUUUAAUGAGAAUGAGUGCCUCUAUGUAUACUUGAGCUUCUGCUGCUAAUGCUGAUGUUGUCCCAGUGAUAAUCUUUUCUUGACAGUUUCUAAUAACGAUUGCUGAAACUGCCAUGCCUGUUUUUCUAUGGAAAGCAGCGUCUGUAUUUACCUUCAACCUGUUGUGUGACGGAGGCCUCCAGGUAUUGUUGGGGUAUGGAUGGGCUGGGAUUUUGAGGAGGUAUCUGGUUGAUCCUGUUGAUAUGUGGUGGCCAUCAAACUUUGCUCAAGUCUCUCUCUUUAGGGCAAUGAUUCAAGGAGAAGCGUCAAUCAAGAAAGUUGUAGUGGUCUGUGGGGAGAGUGGCAGCCAUGAACCUUCCUAUGAGAAGAACAAGAAUUUGCAUGAGGAUGGCGGAGAUGGUGAGAGGCCGAGUCCUGAAGGUGAAGAAGGUGUUGAGGAAGAUGAGGAGCACGCAUGAGGUUAUCCAAAAAACCAGGCUUUGAAAGUCGUCGCCGGAAGAGAAGGGUCGUCGGUCUCCGGCAACACAAGAGCCACCUCCUCGAUGGGGGAUCUUUCGUACGGAGGGUCUCCUCCGUUGGCGGCCUUCUCGGUGUCGGUGGGGUCAUCGGCGUGGUUUUUGGUGGCCAUUGGAGAAAGGAGAAAGGCAAAGAGAUAAGCAGUCAGUGAGAGUGAGAGAGUGAGAGCAAGAGAGAGUUUAU